CCCUGCAGGGCUCUUGUCUCUUGGAAGAUGUCAGCGACGUCCCUGGAAGAGACCAUUUACAAUCUUCUCCCUGUGGAAGAAAAAGAGCCCUACCUGCCCCCUAGGUACACAUCCACAUUCAGACGCUCUGUGAAAAGGGAAUUCUGGGGGCAGACUAAAGCCUCGGGCAAAACGAUGGGUGUGCCAAAGCUCCAACUACCCACUCCAAAGGACUUUCUGCAGAAAUAUUCGAAGACGCCAAAGCUGCCCAAGCGAAGAAAGAAACCUCAAGGCAGCAAGAAAACACCUGUGUUGAGCGUGCCCCAAAGAACAGACCACCCCCUCAUGGGCAUUCAAAGCAAGAAGGAUUUCAUUGCGGCAAAUGCCGCCCAGGCCAUCGUGCAGGUAGCCAAGAAGCCCACCCGGGCCUGCAUCGAUGUGCGAAAGGGGGACAGAUUCCUCAUCGACGAUUCAGGGCUCGUUCAGAAAUACCUCAAGAAACAGGAUUUUGGUGCUGUCCCCAGAUACCUCGUGAGGCGAAACAAGGCAGCAGAGAUGGCCAAGGAAGAGUCUGACAAUUACAUCAAGGCGACCCUCAGACAAAAAGCCCCCAAGCGUGUUUCCCGAGAAGAAAGGGAGAAUGUUCUAGCGGGCCUCAGGAGGAACUGGGAGGAGAUCAACCAGGCCUUCCAGAGCAUGUCUGUGUCCGUGGACACGAUCCCCAGGAAGCUUCACCGGGAGAAGCUGGAGACGCAGAUGAAGCAGCUGGAGCACGACAUCGGCACCCUGGAGAAACACAAAGUCAUCUACAUAGACGGCCAUCAGGACCCUUGUCCGAGAUACUGGCCGUGAUCCAGACAGAAUGAAGCACUUCCCCGUCCUUCUGUGUCCAAAGAGAGAGUGAAGCUGC